CACUCUCUGGCAGUCAGCAACGAACUGCCUUUGCUCUCACCUUCCCUCUCGUCUCGUCCGGUUGAAUCUAAACAUCAGGUGAAAGAAGCACAUGAAUCAAGCGUGUUUUAUUUUUUCUCUCCAAUGGUUAUAUAUGAAGAGAAUGCUGUGGAAUGCUGCCAUUUGGGUUCCGGGCAAACAAGCUGCCCUACUGUCACCCAGCAGCAGCGCAUGAGAGAGGCUCGAGGACGGACUCCUCCCCACCUACCCGUGACACUUUCAAGACAGCGCUGAGAAAGGAUAGCAGCCUUUUUCGGCCAGUCUGCGAACAGAGCAGUGAGACAGCGUUACGUAUAAACGACUUCACUGCAGCCGGGGGUUGCCUAUGUGGCUUUUUUUUUUUUUUCUGAAAACGUUGACAUCUGACGGACUCGAGCUAAAGCGCGAGGUUGCUUCUUUUCGUUUCUCAUUAUUGGACUUGGACCUACCCUCUGCGCUGUUGAUUCCCAGCGAACAGUCCUGACACGAAUCCAGCUCAGCGCAUGCCAUGACCUUACAGAGACUGCUGUAUUAGAUGGUCAUUCUAAUCAACGUUUUAUACAUCUGACUGCAUGUAUUGAUAUCCCCUUUUGUACAUUUGUGUGAAAAAGUGUCUGCCCUAGGAGUGAUUUGUACUUAUCCUGGAGCCGUCAAAGCUGACGUCCCAUGAACACAUAAAACUGAACCCGGACACUGAACCUGAGCGAGAUGCACUACACACAGUGACACUUGCAUUUGAUAACUUCACCUGCUACCGUCGUCAAUUAAUUUUAACCAAGUGACCAGCAAGGCGUCAUCUAUAUCGCAGGUUGCGCUAUCAAAGCCCUUCGCACGUAGUGGUGUAGGAGACAGAGAUUUUCUGUUGUGUUGAAUUGUCCUGCCUUUUUCUGUCAUCCAUAAACUGCGACAGAGGAAAGCAAAGGCACACAAAUCUGUUGUGUUGAAUUGUCCUGCCUUUUUCUGUCAUCCAUAAACUGCGACAGAGGAAAGCAAAGGCACACAAAUGUAAACGAAAGAAGGCAUCUCUCCAGCUGAAGUGUACCUAGAACUGUCAGAUCGUGCAGUCACCCCACAUCGAAGAGGAAUACGUGCCGAACUUUGCUGUUGUAAUGUUGAAAGUGGAGAUGGUGCUAUUUGUCUUUCUGGUGCUAUGGAUGUGUGUAUUCAGCCAGGAGCCCAGCUCCAAGGUGGUGGCAGACCGGUAUGCCGUUUUCUGGAACCGAACCAACCCCAGGUUCCAUCGUGGAGACUACCACAUUGACGUGUGUAUAAACGACUACCUGGAUGUGUUCUGUCCCCACUAUGAAGACAUGGUGCCGGAGGAGCUGAUGGAGCGCUACGUCCUCUACAUGGUCAACUACGACGGCUACAGUACGUGUGACCACACAGCCAAGGGCUUUAAACGCUGGGAGUGUAACAGGCCUCACUCCCCCAAUGGACCACUCAAGUUCUCCGAGAAGUUCCAGCUCUUCACCCCCUUCUCUCUGGGCUUCGAGUUCAGACCGGGCAGAGAGUACUACUACAUCUCCUCCACCAUCGCCGAGAAUGGACGAAGAACAUGCCUGAAACUCAAAGUCUUUGUCCGACCAUCAAACAGCUGUGUGAAAACUAUAGGUGUACAUGACCGUGUUUUUGACGUAAACGACAAAGUAGACAAUUCAUUAGAACCCCGAGAUGAUACAAGUCAUGAGUCUGCCGAACCGUCCAGGAGUGACGCCACAAGCGCAGCCUCACACUUGCGGAUAGCCAGUCCACUGCUGGCUGCACUGCUAAUCUGCUUAGCAACACUCUUCACCUUAUAGCGCCUCCCCCUGUCCUGGAGGGGAAUUACACCCGGCGCGGCCUGAAUCUACCCAAUGAUGAGGCUGGGGCUAGGGUGGGAGAAUGGGCGGGUGUGUGUGUGGGGGGGGGGGGGGGGGUAUUGAGAGUGGGCUUCUUAAGGAACACUAUUUUUUCCAGAUAUUUAAGUGGUCUUUCUCCGUCAAUGAGUUUGAAAAAGUUGAUGUUGGAUGUGGAAGAAACUGUUUCCCCCUUAAAACUGUCAACUAAGAUGCCAAAUCUCUAUUUUUUGACACUUAGUGAUUCUUGUUUUCCCUUCUGACAUCCCUUUACGUCAUGCCGAUUCAUUGCACCACUCACAUACACACAUAUACAGGUACACACACCUAAACACAGUUUUACACGGACAGUUUUUCAAUAGCUCUUUGGUAGGUUGUAAAGCAGCAAUACACAGCAGGUCAUGGUUGUUUUAGCUCUUAUCUAGAAAAAAGGAACAGAGAAGAGUAGUACUCACACCUCUCUCCUAGUCUUUAGACUCAUCUCUUUCAGCAUCAGGUGGAUAAAGAUAGCUGGGUCUUUGUUAGGUGUUACAGAUAGUGGAACACCACGUAGGUAUCAGUUGAGAUACAGUGUAGAACAUGUUUAGUAGGAGAGAAGAGGGCAUGAGUGAGCUGAGUUGGUUGAAGUAUUAAGUUCCAUGGCCUCUUUGAUUAAGGUAUGCUGUCAUGUACCCUCUUUGUGUGUAGAGAGAAUGGUUGGAGACUUUUGGCACGACACAAAGAAAAGACAAAUAAAAACAUUUAGUCCGUUGAGUGGAUGAAAGUUCAAAUAUUUGGAAGAUGACUCAAUUUAUGAGGGGCAGACAGGCAGGUAACUUUGGGCUUUAUUCACUGACUUAAUUAAUAUAUAAUUGCUCUUUAGUGUCAGACAAUGCUUUGUGAGUGAUAACAAUCUGAACCCUCACUGAUGGCACUUUUGAUUCAGUUUGUUAUAAAACCUUUUCACUGAGUUUUACCUGACAUACUCAGCCUUCUCUUGCUGAUAUUUUAAAUGCCAUCUAUGAUUAUGGCAAAGAUGUUUAUCUAUCAAAGUGGGGGAAGAUUUGUGUUGUUCAAAGGUUAUGUCAACAGUUUAGAGAAGAAAGCUCCUCUACCUCUGUGAAAGCUACCAACAUUUGAAGAGGCUGCCUCUCUCACCAUGUUACAAAACAGCCCUUUUUGAAUAUGAAAUGAUACCACUUCCCUACAAGGCAAAUUUAGAUUUUUCCUACAAUUGCUUAUCAUUAGUUCACUUAGACGUGCUGUAGAGCUUGGCAUAUGGAAUCGUCCCUCAGCAUAGCUUUCUACCAUACCCAGUAAGGAGGCACCGCCAUCUAGGAAACAGUGUUGCUUUACUUUACCACUCAUGUAUAACCACAACUUCAACUAUAACCUCGGAUUCAAAUGCUGUAGCUACAGUCCAUUAUAGCAGGCUGCCUGUUCUCCAUUCAUUUUACUACCGCAUAAUUCAAUCUCAUCAUAAUCAACUCACAAUGAUUAUGUUAAUAGAGAAAAUCUCCUUUAACAUCGAGGCGGAGCGCAGAGUAGUUUAGUUUGGCCAUGUUUUGUAUUGGCCCCCAUUUAUACAUUGUACUGCUGUAUAAUGACAUUCAACUUCCUUAGACUCACAAAGGAUCAGAUGGUAGAUGAACAUAGCUGGAGCGAUUUGUAAAUGGAAAUGCUGUUAUUCUGUUCUUUCUUUCCCGGAGUAGGAUGGACAGAUACAUGAAUUAGGUGUGUUGAUACAGGUCUGCUUUCACACAGAGACAGAGACAGACAGACAGACAGACAGACAGACAGACAGACAGACAGACAGACAGACAGACAGACAGACAGACAGACAGACAGACAGACAGACAGACAGACAGACAGACAGACAGACAGACAGACAGACAGACAGACAGACAGACAGACAGUUGAGAGGUUGCGUGCCUAGUUAACGGUCCUACUGUGACUCUUUAAUGAGGUUCAAAAUGACAGGCAUGCAGACCUCAUGUUUUGGAGUUCGGGGAGUUAUUUCAGCUGUUAAAAAUAGAUGGUGGAAGGCCUGGGGGUUUUAAAGCGUCAGUGACCUUGCAGUUAUAGAGGGCUGGAGAGUGAAGGAGAUAGGGGAGAGAGAAAGAAAGAGUGAAAGAGAUUGAAAGAAAGAAGUGUAGGAGGAAGGAAGUUGCAUAUAUGACUGGAGUGCCUAACAAAAAAUACCCAAUGCAACCUUUUUAAAAACACUAGCUAAAAAUGGAAUACACACCCAAAGGCAUCUUUUUUGUUUUGUUUUGAUAUAUUUUUUGUUGUUGCUUUUUCGCAGCUGCCUUCUACAGUAUAUUCUUCUCCUGAAGGGUUGUGUGUGCUUUCGGCCAUAUUUGUUUUCAUACUAUGGUAACAAUGCUAUUACUGUAGAAUAGCAGCUCAGCUUUCGGGGUUAACAAGAGAGGACGCCAUAUGAAGGGGUACUAAUUUUCACCAGAACACCAUAGGGGAUGGGUGCCAUGUUCAAUCCGAGAUGGCCGCCUGUCAUCGACAUAACGUUAUAGCCAACACUUUUUGGGGAAGUCCAGCUUCAAUUCUAUUUGAUUAUAAUUACCCGUACUGCUCUUUAUCAUUAUUGCUACUAUUAUUACCAUGGUUUAUUCUGUACACACGUUAACUUGGGAAAUAAGGAUCAACUUGUUAGCUGGAUACCGUGUAUCCUGAGGUAGUCAACCAUAUAACAUGUAGUGUUAGAUUAGUUACUGUUUUUGUACCUUUCCGGUGGACAAAGGAAAAAUUAGACACUUCAUUGUUAAAAACGGUAUUAUUGUUAUUAUUGUUAUGAUGACGAUGAUGAUGAUGAUAUUUAUUAUUAGCAAAAACUUGAUGUAAAUAGUGUUUGAUAUUAAAGUAUUCAUUUGAUUCGUAUGUCUUUUCUAAAAAACAAACAAAUAAUGAACACAGUAGAAUCUCUGGAUAUUUGGGAGUGUACACGCAAAUAACAGUGCAUUGUGAACUGUCAUUUUCAAUGCCUACUGAUGCUUUGAGAAACCUGUACACACAUGUGCUUACCUGUGUACUUGUGCUUGUGUGUACUUGACUUCAUCUUUGCAUCUACGCGUGCCUGUGUACAGCAGGCUGGACUGAAAGCCAAUGGGGGCCUCGCCUGUUACAUAACUAUGUUUCCAACCAACCAAUCCACAGCCACCGUCACCACUUCAUCACAAGGAUCCAUACAGAACAGACAGAGAGAAUAGAAUAGACGUGGACAAGAUUAACAGUGUUUGUGCUUUUUCGCCUUCAAUGUUUGAUAGCAUGUGGGCCAACUUAGAGUUUUGCCAUGGAUGGACUGUUGGUUGGCUUUUUAUUGGAAGGAUCUUGCCGUUUCAUGCGCAUGGACUUGAUAACGAAACAUAAAA